AGGCACACACCAUUCUAUGAGAUGCGUCAGCCGGAGUUUCGAAUUUAUGAAAUGAACAAGCGGCUUUGGCAAAGGUCUGAGGAGGCAGAUAAUUUAUGGUGGGACGCUUUUGCAACAGAGUUCUUUGAAGAUGAUGCUACUCUGACGGUGACUUUCUAUCUAGAAGAUGGACCUAAACGAUACACAAUCGGUCGUACUUUGAUUCCGCGUUACUUUCGAAGCAUCUUCGAAGGUGGUGUCACUGAACUGCAAAUUAAUCUCAAGCAUUUUAAAGAAAGCUACCACAACACCACCAUCACUCUUGAUUGCGAUCAAGCUUCCAUUAUAACUUAUCAUGGCAAACCAAGCUACAAGGAAAAUUCCGUUUUUGUCUGUACCGAAGGAAGACUGAUUCUCGAGUUUGCAUUUGACGACUUGAUGCGUAUUAAAUCAUGGCAUUUUUCUACAAGACAUCAUCAAGAGCUCAUUUCAAGAAGCCUGGUGGCCAUGCAGCAAGCUCAACAAGAUCCAAGCAUGAUGGAACAGUUGACAAAGAACAUAACCAGACAAGGGCUGACUAAUUCCACUUUGAACUAUCUCAGAUUGUGUGUCAUUCUUGAGCCAAUGCAAGAGUUGAUGAGCAGGUACAAAACAUAUCCACUCAGUCCACGCGAUUGUCUAAAGACGACGCUAUUCCAAAAAUGGCAACGAAUGGUGGCUCCACCGGAAACGUCUAGACCUCCAAGUAAAAGAAGAAAAAGAAAAUCUUCAACAAAUGCUGGUGCGACAACAGCCAGUAAAAAGAAGAAUAAUCAAAAUAACAUGAGUCCAGUUCCUCCUCCGUUUACUUUGGCCACUCAGGAUGUUAUGGUUGUUGGUGAACCAUCACUGAUGGGUGGUGAAUUCGGCGACGAAGAUGAACGACUUAUAACUAGAUUAGGUAAUACGAUUGAUUUCCCUUCUCAAAAACACUAA